AUGCGAUUCUGGGGCCCGAACCAUCCGAAAAUGGCAAAAUACACUGGAGAGGGCAGUCUUGAUUCCACGAAGAUUGAGCUGCCAGAAGAUACGUCAAACGGCGACUGCAGCAACGUCGAGCAUUUUGUGGUCUCUGACAGACACAGGUCCAAGCUAGUUAUUGACGCGUCUUUAAAUCAGAAAGAAGCGACAAUUCUAGCUGCGACGUCGUCCAUCGCGACACGGACGAUCAUGGCUCCCGUGGAACGUGUGAAAUUGAUCCUGCAGCUACAAAACGAGUUGAUAAAGCAGGGACGUUUGAUUGAGCCGUACCGCGGAUUUCGUGACUGCUUCCGGCGGAUCGUCUCGGUUGAAGGAGCUCAAUCACUCUGGAGAGGCAACAUCGCGCAAGUCGUGCGCUGCGUCCAUACCCAAGAAAUCAAUUUGAUGUUCAAAGACCGGAUUCUUCGUCUCUUCUCGAUAAACUGUGACACGAGUGCAAGUCAACUCAUGUUGUUUAACAUCGCAGCUGGAGGACUGGCCGGCGUCCUCACCGACUGCUUCCUUUAUUCCUUCGACUUCGCAAGGACCGCGCUCGCCGCUGACGUCAAAGAUCCGUUCACUCACAAGCGCGUGUACGAAAACGGCUUCAAAGAUGUCUUAAGCACGGUUUACAAAUCGGAUGGCAUACGCGGCCUCUAUCGCGGCUUUUUUGUCUCCUCGUUUGGCCUGUUUAUUUACAGGGGCUUGUACUACGGGAUGUACGACUCGUUGAAGCCGCAGUUGCUGGAUGAAAAUAGCAGCUUUGCGCGGCGAUUCUGCCUUGCAUAUUGCGUCACCAUUUUUGCCAUGCAAAUGUCAUAUCCUUUCGACACUCUGAGGAGACGAAUGAUGCUCACUUCGGGCACUGGAAGGCACUACCCAAGUUCGCUCCAUUGUUUGAAGGAGAUUCUCAAAUACGAAGGCAAAAGCGCGCUGAUGGUGGGUUCAACCGCCAACAUUAUGCGAGGCACCGGAGGAGCGCUUAUUCUAGCUGGAUUUGAUCACCUCAAACAAGUCUACUUGAAAUGGAAGUUCAUGAUAGAUCCAGAGAUUUUCGCCGAUCUAACUAGAGACUUGAACAUAGAAAAAAGAACCGACCCACUUGAGUGGAUCCAAUCGACGAGUUUUUUGUCCAUCAGAUCCUGUCGGCGUUCUGUGAUCCUAAAAUUUAGGAAAAGUCAUAUUCUUGUCGCAUUUAGCGGAAAAGACGCAAGCAAUCCCAAACACACCACUUCCAAAGCGCAUCCAGACGAGUUCCCGUUUUUAGUGGAGUCUCCACGUGGAAUGACUGACUUCGGCGGCAACGGGCAAGGGGCCGCCGUCGCGGAGUGCGAGCUCAAUCUGCCGCACUCGAAUAAGCUCACGUUGACGUCAAGCGACUUGAACGAGCUCGGCUGCACCACCUCCACCUCAGCGAAGUCGACAGUCUCCAGCUCUGGCGUCAGUUCAGGCGCAAGUAGCUCAACAAACUCCAAAUGUCAAAAUGCGAGUCAACACAGACGGAGUUCCGUCAAAUCCGGCAGCAUGCUCUCAGUCUUUCGCAAAUCGCGUUCUGUGAGCCAUCACGAGCACGCUCGCCGAGUGCUUCAAGAGAAUCGGAGCCGCAGUCGCAAAACUACCAAGGAUAAUAAUGCUCCGAAGACGCGGCGAGCGCGUUCUAGUUCCCGCAUCUUCAUCGAAAUAUUGCGCACGCUGAGUAAAGGAUUCUCAAGCUGUAGGUCCGACAGGGAGCGGGAUCACACCCAGACUCUUGACAAAAACGACCAGAGUACUGGCGGCGGUCGACGUGGCUCCCGCUUUUCGGCAAACCACCUGGAACCCAAAGGAAGACGCAAAUCACACGACGCGUCACACGACGGAACAAACGGCUCUGACUCAACAUCGACGGGCUAUGUUUCCGAUUCCUCAAAUGAAAAGCAUGAUCAUGAACAGUCUAAGCUACAGAAUCAAAAGACACUCUCUGCGAUGUCCGACGUGGCUCAAAAUCAUCAAACAGAUGCAGUAGUCUGCCCAUCAAAGAUACAUGCCUGGGCGGAAAAAGUGGUAAACCAGCUGGACAUAAACCCGCCGGCAAUCGAAAAUGUCGAGCUAGAGGUCCCAAAAAAUCGCGUUUAUGUGGCUUCAAGUUGUUCUGAUGAGGAUUUCACGGAAGCUAGCGACGAGUCCUUCUACACGAGUCAAUCUGACUCUGUAUCUAGCGAUUAUGAAUCGACUUCGACCUACGAUGAGGACACAGAAGAUAAAGAAAUCAAGAAUGAACUCAAGCAACUGAACAUGACUGAGCUGAACAAAAAAGAGCUUGGAAUCAUCAAGGAAGAAGACGAAAAAGAAGUCCAAGACGAAAAUGUCAAUAAAAAAGUGAAGCGACGCAAGAGCACUCUCAAGCGAAAGAAAACCGUGAGAGGCGACGAAGAUCAAGCCAGACCAGUCCGGAAGAAGGCAGUCCAGAAGGUCGAAGAACUCGACAACAUAAGCAGAUCAGGAAGCCUGAAGGACAUGAUAUUGCAGUUUGAAACGACAAUGGCGGAACUGAACAUAAAUGUCGACAACGCUAAAAACAUUCAAGAGCAGCUGGAAGUCAAGGAUUCGCCGCUUUUAGGGGUCAAAGCAAUUGCUAGAAAAAUACAGGAGCAAACAGAAUUUGACUCGAUGGAAGUUGAGUGCAUGCCUCCCAGUCAAAUUUUGAAGCUCAAGCAGGCGCUUGACCUUGAACCAAAAGAAGAUCUUUCCCAACCAGUUCCCCUCUCCCGGCGCUCAGAAUCCAAAGUCGCCCAAAUCGCCAAGCAAAUCGCGGAUGCGGAGCGAGAGCGUCAAAAACUGGAAAAGGCGAUGGCACGUUCCGGGAAAUCACCAAAGGCAUCGAAACGACAACAAUCAACGUCGUUUAUAAAUGAGCUUUUGGAAAUGGCUCGAGCCGAAAACUCGGCCAAGAACUCAACGGAGAACUCACCGUCUGGUUCCGCACCGGAUUUCAAGCAAUCAUUGUUGGCGGCGCGGAAGAAAAUUACCCAAAGAGACGAGCAAAUAACUCCUGGCUCCUUAGUAGCACCAGAUGACAAGAAGAUGGAACCCCUUCCACUUGCACCCUCGGUUUCCACUUCUUCUACCGAAGGCGGUGCGCCUGGUGGACCCAACGAAGUGGUCGACCCUUUUGUGCAAGAAGUGCUCACCUCAAAAAACGUGCCCGAGCCGGUGAAGCAGAAAAUUCGCAUAGAAUGCUGGUCGCUGUUCAACGAUCCGCGCACACCUAAAGGCGUCAAACAGUGCAUACUCGCCACGAUGCUCAGCAAAGUUCAAAACGAAUGA